GCCUCUCUGCUUCAUGCCCUAAGCCCAGAGAUCGAAACCCGAGGACAUAAAUAUUCCCUCGGUGCUCAUUCGGAUUCCCCAGGCGGACAUCAAGUUGAACCCCUGAAAUAACUUCCCGAAAAGGACUAGAUCCGAGCCUUGCCGAGCCAACCCCAGCAAAUGUUGCUGACCCAAGGCCACAACGAUCAACUAGACUAGAGGGGCCGACCAGAGGGAGACCAAAUGACGCGCUCCUGCCCGGGCAAUCUCACAUCUUCGAACAGAUUAAUACCCGCACAGAUCGCCCGGAGAAGACGGUAUCGCAAAUUACUUGACCUAACCCUAUUUUCAUCGUUCGGUGCCUCUUUAACUCAUCUCCCUUCCUGCCCCCUUAUUUUUACCCCCUCUUUUUCCACCCAUCUCAAUACCCUACCCCUGGUCGGCAGUUUACCCAACCCCCCACUGGAUCUCCCAUCGACCGCGACCAGGGACCUCAGAAGGCGAUCAUCAUAUACUUGAAGACGCAUGUCACACCCAGCCUUGUCGAUUCCUCAGCAUGGCGCCGAAUCAGGCUGCGCCAAAGUCAAUGCAGGAUUAAGAAUCCGGGUUUUGAUGCGCGGUGAGAAGCCGUC